GGCAUUCAGUGUAGAGCCAUGGCUAAGCGAGUGCUGUUGGUCCUGGCAUUGCUCAGCAGUGCGGCGGGGCUGACCGCGAGCCCGCAAGAUCAGCAGCAAGUCUCUGGAAUCGAGAAGGAGUCUCUGAUGGGGACUAUUUUCUUCAACCAGGUGGGCCUGGCGCAUAUGAUGGAGAAACAGGCCAACACCACCGAAGCCGUGUCUGAUGGGAUGGCGCGCAUGGAGGAGGCGCUGACGAAGUACCUGGAGAAGGAUUCCAGUUUUUCCCGUGAGAUGGCGAUAAUGCGAAGCAGUGUAGAAAACAUGACAUCUGUUGUGAGCAGUUACAUUCAUAUGGGAGAGAGUGCCAUCACGAGAGAAAACGUCACAGGCCACAUCCUGGUGAAGCUCCAAGACCAGGAGGAAACAAUCAAGAAAAUGGAAAACGAAAACAAGGAAAUAAAGACAGAAAACCAACAGCUGAAGGAGGAAAAACAGAUGCUGAGGACGGAGAACGUGCAACUCAAAGCCGAAGUCCUCCAGACGGAAGAGGACAUGAGGAAAGUGAAGGAGGAAGUGAGAAAAGCGGAGGAGGACAAGCGCAAAGCCGACGAAGACAGACGCCAGGCGGAAGAAGACAAACGCAAGAAGGAAGACGACCAGCGAAGAGUGGAAGAAGACAGAAGAAGAACGCAAGAGGACAAGAGGAAGAUCUCCGAAGAAAACAGCCAGCUGCUCGACCAAGUCCGCCAGCUGCACGAGGAAAACCGAAGGAAAGACAACGAGACAGAGGCCCUCCACCAAAACUACAAGGACCUUCAGGAAGAAAACGAGAACCUGCAGUCGGUCAUCUCACUCUUGGAGGAGGAGAAGGAGGCGCUGGAGGACAAGAUCAGCAUCUUGGAGGGCAACAACUCGACCGAAGCGGGAGGGGAGUGCGAGGGACACACCAACUCGGAGGUGCAGGAACUCGAGAGGAAGGUCAAGGCGCUGGAGGAGGAAAACGGGAAACUGAAGGAGACGCUGAAGAACGAGAUGAGACCAAGCAACUGCGAAGCGCAUUUUUGCAAAGGAGCCUUGAAGGACGCCGUCUACGAGGUGUUCCCGUCCAGAAACGAAGGCCCUGCAACCGUGUGGUGUGACAUGUCCUCCUCGAAGGGCGGGUGGACCAUGUUCCUGAAGAGACAGCAGCAGAAUAUCCAAGAGAACUUCGCCAGGCCUUGGGAGGAGUACAGGGAUGGCUUUGGCGAUACGAACGCUGAACACUGGCUGGGUCUCGAGAAUCUGCACAAGAUGACGAGCGCCGCCCCCAUGGUCCUCCGUCUAGAAGUGAAGGCGUUCGACGGGGCGAGUCGCUGGGCCGAGUGGGACACCUUCAGCGUCGCCGGCAGUGAGACGCAGUACAAGUUGACUGUCGGAGGUUACUCAGCCAACAGCACCUUAGGCGAUCCGCUCACCUUCUCGAGGAACGUCAGCGGGAUGUCCUUCUCCACCCUGGGCCGAGACAACGAUAAACUGUCGCUUGACUGCGUGGAUUACUACUCGAGCGGCGGCGGCUGGUGGUACGCCUCCUGCUCGGACAUCAAGCCGACGGCGCCCCUGACCUCCUCGGGGCGGCUCAACACCCUCAUGACGAUGUGGUGGACGACCUCGUAUGCGCAGUGGACCAGCCUGAGGGAGGUCAAGUUCAUGUUCCGGCCGAAGGAGAGGUCAGAGUUUUGCACGCUGUGAGCUGACCUUUUUUUUUUCUUUUACACAUUAUUGGAUCUUUUUUGUGUGUGAUCUUUUUGAACGUUUUGAACUUUGUUUGUGUUUUGUGACAUUUUUUUUUCUUUUUUUUUACCUUUUGGACUUUCUUUUUCUGACCUUUUGAUAUUUUUUGAUGGAUCCUGUGACCUUGUUUACGUAAUCUUUUGAACCUCUUUAUAUAGACCUAUUGACCUUUUGAACUUUAUGUAAUAUUUUGAACCACUUUACGUGACCCUUUGACCUUUUGAGAAAGUCAAUGAGAAUACAACGACAGACGAAGAAAAGAAAAAUGAAGACUCCGCAAGCUCGCAUCACAUGAGCCAAAACAUGAUCCUUGGAAAAUAUAAAUAACAAAGCACCUCCUUCGUUUGCUGUAUCUGACGACAGACGAAUGAUGGUCUCUGUUGUAUCCUCAAUGGCAUUAGAUCUUCCGUAAACUGUGACAAGACCUGCUGAGAGUGUUUAAGACAGAUCCCAAGAAGAACCUUACAAGUUUAUUUUCGAUGUAUUCAACAACUAUGAUCAUGAUUUGAUUUUUGUGUGUUUCGUGUUGCAUUUUAUUAUCCUAAUAGAGUAUAUCUUUGUACUUGUGUGACUGCGGUUUCUCAUUAAAACUUUUGUAAGUAC